UGCGCCCCUGCAACCCGCCAUCGACUCGCUUUCAUCCGCGCCAUCGUCUCCAUCAUCUCCAUCAUCUCCCGUCUUGCGAACUGCUGCUCCAUCUGUUAUAUAUAUAGCGCGCUGGUGCCGACUGUCGCUCUGGCCCAUGGAAGACUGGGCCGACUCUCCUAUUUUGUAAAAUUGAAAUAUCAUGGUACUCUUCAAGCGGAAACCAGUUCAGUACCUUCCACGACCCGUUAUCAAAGAUGAAAGCUCCGAGGUUUGGGUGAUUCCCGAGACGAAUGAAGUCUUCACAGACUAUGAGCCGUAUCUUCAGCGCAUGGACUUUUACAAACAAAGACGAUUUAUAUGUGAAAUUACAGGCCAUUCUGGUCUGACUUUCUUCGAGGCUCUCCGAAGUGAAACGGAAGAGUCCCGAGAGCUUAAUAGUUCAUUCCCCGAUGCGCUCAAAGGACCCAUCUUGCGCAGAGUCCAGUUUUCGACUGUAUCUAGGAUUGACAACCUCGUGGACGAGGUAUACGAUGAUUUCAAACAAGAUUUCUACCCCGGUGAGCAUGUACUAAUCUUGCUCACUGACAAUUCGCGCCUCCAUGGCAUGAUCAGGGACAAGGCAACCUUCCCGGAACAGCUACACCCGGAUGGAACUGUCAAAACCGCCGGCUAUGCGCGGUACUUGGUGAAGAUUUUGGAUCGUCAGGAUGAGGAAGCCUUGCUGGACCAAGAACAUAUCACUCGUGAUCGAAAGACCUUUACCAAGCAAAUGUUACGUGCCUUUAUCAAAAAUACCGUCACCAGGGAAUCCUGGAGUGGUGCUCCUUGGCUAGUGAAGCCCAGUAUCGCUGAGCAGUACAAGAUCCCGACUGAAGUACCCAAGCAUUUGCAGUAUGGCGCUAGAGUGGCCGAGAAAAAGGCCAUGAAGAAGGCAGACCAGGAUGGUUUUUUUGGCUUUUUCGCAUCGCAACGUCUGCCCGAGUUGAAACCCGCGGUUAAGGGCCAAAAGGCAAAGCCCUCGUUGCAAGAACUGGCUCAAGCAAAGCAAGAACAGUACCUGGAGUAUCAACGCUCUCUCAAUGGCAACCCGACAUUCCUAAUCCCGGUCAACAAUACUUCCAGCCCAGCCUCCGCUAAGUUCCAGGAAUCCGAAGGGGGAGCGAAUGCCGCUCCCUCCGUCAUUAAGAAUGAGCCUCCCAGACCACCUUCUCCUCCACCGAUAAAGUAUCCCAUAGAGGAUCUUGACCUAGCCCCUGACCGUGACAAGCCCCAUCGACCGGCACUUAAGUUCUUGGAGGACGAGUUGGAUGAUGAUGUUGAGGAUGAAUACUUAUUGGACCCCGAAAUCAAGCCGGAAUUAGUUGGCCCGUUGCUGGAGAUUUGGGACACUCUUAACGUCUACUGUGAAGUUUUCCAGCUGGACUCCUUUACUUUUGAUGAUUUUAUACAAGCAAUGCGGUUCUCAUCGGAUGAGAUUGACUGUGAACUGUUUGUGGAAAUCCAUUGCGCCGUUUUGAAGAGGUUAGUUAAUGCGGAGAAGGACCAGGGGGGCGCCAUUCAGAUAUCACUACCAGAUCUUCCAGCAGAUGAGUCCGAGGAAUCUGAAAGCGACGGGGAAGAUGGCGAAGAAGAGGAGAAGGAGCAGACCCCGGAACCGGCUGUGACAAGAAUGACCACUCGAAGCAGCCUUGCCAAGGCGGAAGCACAGAGUUUGAAGGCACACGGCAGCUCUGGUUCCUCCAACCUUGUGCAUCGCGCCGCAGAUAUGUUUGGAAACUAUGGAUGGAUCGACCGGUUGCGUAAAAGGGACUUCCGGAAUGGUGGUUGGGAAUUGGUGAUGGUCGGCCUUUUACAUCAGUUGUCUGCCAAUCCUCGAAUGGAAAAAGUAUGCAAUGAAAUUCUUGCGCAUUUGGCUCCCCUUGAUGCAGAACCAACACAGGAAACAGCGCGACUUCGAUAUGCGACGCUUGAUCUCAACAUGCGCAUCGAGGCUCUUCAGAUUAUUUGCAGGCUCAGUCUUGAGACAAGGGCUAUCAAGAACUAUCUGGAGGAAUGUAGUAAUCAAAUGACGGAAUUCAGAAAGGAGAAGAUUGAAUAUCAGCGGUCCCGCAAAUCAGCACUUGAGGAACUGCGCCGACUUCACCAAGACCGAAAACAACUUCAACCGGAACCGGAGAAGUCGCCAUCCCCAGUCCCGGAGCUGGACGGUUUAGGAGACUCUAAAAUGGCUGGUGUGGACGGGGAAUCGGAUCAAGUUAUGGACACCGAGGAUGAGGAUUCACAUCACGAACGCUCCCUUCGCGGAGGUAUGGAUAGGAUCCUUGAACGAAAGCGAAAACUGGAGGAGGAACGAGAGCGAAAGGAACAGCAAGCGAAACAGCCUAAGGGGUCCAAACAAUACCAACGAGUAUUGAAGAAAAUGGAAGACCAGAAAACCAAGAUCGUCAAGCUGGAAGAAAAGAUCGCCGUCAUUGAUAAUGACCUCAGGGAGGCGGACUGUCCACGAACAAGAUGCCUUGGGAAGGAUCGGUUUUGCAACCGGUACUGGUGGUUUGAGAGGAACGCAAUGCCGUACGAGGGAUUACCUACCAGCUCAACGGCCGAUGCUCGUUAUGCCAACGGACGCCUUUGGGUCCAGGGUCCUGAUGAUAUGGAACGGGUGGGUUUCAUUGAUGUCCCGGAAGACCAGAAGAAGCAAUAUCGGAAGGAAUUCAAGAUGACUCCGGCCGAGCGGAAGAAGAUUGAAGAAGGACCUACGGGUCUCGCAGAUGCGUACCAUUGGGGUUACUAUGACGAUCCAGACUCAGUGGACAAGUUGAUUGAAUGGUUGGAUUCACGCGGCGAGCGAGAGUUGAAAUUACGCAAGGAGCUCUCUCUGCAGCGAGAUCACAUAGUCAAAUACAUGAAGAACCGUGAUAGUUACCUGGCGCAAAGCGCUCAACGGGCGGAGUCGGAGGAGGCGCCAACCAAACUCGUUACCACACGACACAAGACAUACAUGGACGACCAGAAGCACCGUUGCCUGAAAUGGCGAAACACCACAGCUAUGUCGGAGAACGGGCACCUGCAUGUGGAUGCAUCGCGGCCGUCGAAACGAGCAAAAAGAACCACUGAAGAACCGAAAGAUGUGAAGACAGCGGUAAAUCGCCAGGGGAAACCCUUGACUCGCCAAGGCACACGAUACAAUUUCUAGCGGAUUCCUAUCUUCGGAUGGAGUCAUGCAUUAUCGAAUCUGAUUAUCUCAUAUGGGUUUUGUUUUCAAACCUGAAUGCAUAAAGGGGCGUUGGAAAAGUUAUCCUUUUAUCUUUUAUGGCUACUUUCCUUCCCAGAGUUUCUAUACGAUUGAGCCACGUGACCAUGGACUUUUCCAAGAUAUUUCCGCAAAGAAAGGUUUCGAGGAGCAAACGGCAGGCAUACUGGCUGAUGCCCAGUGUGGCAGCAUGUAUAUAUAGAGCUGGCUAGUGAUUUAUUUAUUUAUUUUUUGGCUUGGAAGAUGGCUAUUGUUGGUUUCUUACAUGUAUCCGAUGGGGCUUUGCUGGGUUGAUGCUGGAGGUGGUCCAUUGCAUGUGCGUCGUUUAGGGUUUCUUUUUGGGUAACAUGAUUGGAAAUACAUUGCAUAUAGAACUUGCAUUGAUGUCUGCAGUGGUCAAAUGGCUGUAUAUCAGAGCUUCAUUAAGCUGUAGAAGUCAUAACGAGGUAUUCUAUCUACGGCACACCCAGUUUCUGAGAGAUCCACUUCCCAGCCCUCACACUUGGGACAUCGAACAGCUUCCUCCCCAGAUCUGCCACAGCGAGACAUAUUGACAGUACGAGAGACAGACACAGUAGAAAGCGCGUGCUCAUGGCAGUUGGACCGAUGUCAGGGAUGUACAAUCUGUUCUCCCACCACGGCUCUGCAGCGAGAUUAUCCUGGCCGAGCAUCUUCCCGAUACGGUCUCCGACAAUGGCAAACAUUGGGAGAUGGAUCAGAUACAGCAUGAAACUCACCUUCCCGACAUACUGCAUGGGUUUGGUGUUGAAGAUGGCCCGCAGCCAGUGGAGACGUAGGAUAGCGUAGACAAGCAGAAAGGCGCCCCAUGAAUGCCAGAAUCGGUAGUACCGAUCCUGAUCGUAGCAAGACGGGAUGAGCAGCGUCAGAUAAUGCCAGCCCGGCGUAUCUAGCGAGUACUCGACGUGACCGUUAUGGGCCGGCUCGCAGAGAAGGUAGUACCCGACGACGAACGUAACAUUCCAGAAAAUCAACCUCGGCCGACGCGUCAGGUGCUGAGCAAGAUAUGCGAUAUCCAGCGAGUAGACGUCAAAGUGUGCGAGGAUCAGACCGGCCGUGAAACAGGCCAGAUCCCAUUGACCGUUGUGGAGGAGCAGGAUGGCCGUAAUGCUCAGCAGGCACAGGGACAGAGAGAGCCAGAGCCCGCUGAAGGCCAGGAUGGCCAUGAGGAGAUAGACAAACCACGAGCCCACGAGCUCGACGGGGAUGGUCCAUGCCACCAUGCUGUAGCGAAACCAGACGAGGUUGGAAUGGCGGCGGAAGGGGUUGAAGAAGGCUGCCGAGUCGCAAAGCCAAGUAACCAGUUCGUCCCAGAGGGUCUCGCGAGGUUGAGGCCACGGCUGCUCCCGCAUGAUGCCGAAUGGAGCGUGCAUGAGCAGAGCCACAAGGAGGGUUACUGCCAGCGUGGGCAGAUACAACCGGAAGGGCCUGCGGAUGGUGGCCGACACGAGACUCCUGGCGCAUUCCGAGCGUUUUCCCUGUCGAAGAAGUCGGAUGGGGGACUUGCUUAGGACAUAUCCCGACAGAACGAAGAAGAUGGCGACGGCCGCGCUGCCGCCGCUGAACAGGAUGCGCACGAAGGGCAUACUGGCGAUGUAGUAGUUGCCGUUCUCGCCGAAGCCGUGCUCGUGGACAUUGUAAUCGUAGGAGCCGAUGAAGUGCUGGAUGAAGACGAACACGGCGGCAAUUCCACGCAGGCCGUCGAGGAAGGCCGUGGGGUUGCCAUUGCCGGUGGUAUUGGGUGAUGAAGGCAGGGCUUCGGGGGAGAGAUUGAGAUCCUGGCGCUCCAGAUCAUAGAGCAGGGUUGGCGUGCAGCCGUUGAGUUCCAGCGAGUCUGCUAUCUUGGACUUCAUGAUGGAAGCCCUCAGGCUGGCGUAGAGCGCGCCCAUCCUCUUCAUCCUGAACGGGUUCAUAUUCUGCGAGGAGUGAAAAGGACGAAGAUGCCGCGCUCAACAGAGCGAUACCCC